CCCCACAGGAUGGAGUGAAGAACUGAAAAAUAAAAAUCAAGAAGAAGACAGAUUGUGGAGAAGGAGAACCAGAAACCCAUUCCACCAUAGAAAUUCUCUCUCUAUAACUUCCCCUGAACUCCAACCUUCUUCAAUCAUCACCUCCCAAUUUCUCCGCCUCAUGUUCACCACCACCCCCGUCCAUGGCCGGCACAUCCACUUCCUUCUCCCGCCAUCUCAUCAAAUCCACCGUCUCCGACCUCGCCAGAACAAUCCGCACUGCCGCCCCCUUUCAUCGCGUUCCUUUCGCUACCAAGACUCCCAAUAACCCCCUUUCCUCUUCCGACGACCUCGCUCAAGGCCCCUCUUGCAUAUUCGUCGGCCCCAUCGAGACCGCCACUCAAGAAACCCUCGAAUCUCUCUACCUUCAGGCUAGGGAUGCGUAUUACAGUGGCCAACCGCUGAUCCUCGAUGAUAUGUUCGAUAGAGUCGAGUUGAAACUGAGGUGGUAUGGUUCAAAAUCUGUGGUCAAAUAUCCUCGUUGCAGUCUUAGACGGCAAUCCACAUAUUCAGAUGCUGAGGAAGAUCUAUCACAGGUUCUGGCAUUAGCAGGCAUAUGGUUGGUGUUUCUGGCACUUGGCUGUUCAGCAUGUCUUGUUCCUUUAAUCUGCACGGCUGACUUAGUUUUCAAGGAUCCACUCAGUUUAGGACUUUCCUAUAACAGCCAUGGAUCUGCAUUUGAAUUUCUUUCUGCUAUAAAUGCCAUCCUCUUCAUGGCAUUUGGGUCUCUGAUUGGCUACCCAAUUGCUACAGCUUCUGUGGGAGUACUUCAGGGCUUAUGGAGAAAUGAUUUGGUGGCACUAAAAGGAGCCUGCCCAAAUUGUGGAGAAGAAGUGUUUGCAUUUGUAAGAUCAGAUCGUGCCAAUGGCUCUCCUCAUAGAUCAGACUGUCAUGUAUGUGAAUGUUUGUUGGAAUUCCGGAUCAAGUUUGAGAAAUUGAGUUCAAGACUUGGUCGACAAUGGGUUUACGGGCGUAUCUACCUUGUAAGGGGUAAAAGCCGGCACCAAAGAUUGCUGUAGGAUCUCAACUCUCAACUGUAAGAGCAACUUGUCUAUAUGUAGUGACAUGACUCUUUUCCAGUCUUCAUCUUGCUUGCAAUGUAACAGUGUAAUAAUAUGCAAUGAGGUCUUGUAGCUGUACCAUUUUAGACAUAUAGUGCCAGCUAGAUGAUUAAAAGUUAAGUUAGCUGCUGCCAGUAGUUGAUAAUGUUUCAACAUCUUCAUCCCAUGGGGUUUGCAACUUGCAUUUUCCAUUUGUAAUGUGUGUCUUGCUCCCCCAGCCAAGAACUGACCAAUCAGCUUGAUAGUAUACUUGUGGGAAAUUCUAGAAAAUUUAUAAUGUUCUCAUCUAGAUUGAUUGUUUAUAGUCA